AUGUUGCUUCUUUUUUCACUUAUUUCAUUAUCCUUUGCAACUUUGGUAGAACCUGAUAUUACAAAGGCCAACAGUUCAUUAGAACAUUUUGUUGGAUUUAUUGGAUAUAAUGAACGUUCUGAGGCAAGACAUAAUAUGCCAAUCUAUUAUAAUAGAAGUAAUCCAACAAAGUUGUAUUGGGAUUCUACUCUUUCAGUUGUUCAAAAUAGAACUGGUACUGUUGAUAUAAAUGGAGAACCAAAAAGACCACAAAUUAUUGAUAUGAGAGAGCGAGUUUGGUUUUUACAUGACCGUGUAAUGGUUUCAUAUGAUCUUAAUUCUCAACCACCAUCAGUUACUAUCAACUCUACUCUUAGUGGUACUUUUGAUGAACUUUCACCACUUGCUUAUCAUCACUUUGAAUAUUCAGAUAAGAUUCAAAAUGAUUAUAUAUUAGCUUGUACUAAUGGUAAAUUAAUUAUUCUUUCUCCAGAAACAUUAACUAAAAUAAUAAAUAAUGACUUUGAUUGUGGAGAAUAUAUUUCUACUGGUAAUAGUAUUGUUGCAAUUAAGAAUCAAACUAAAGUUACUUUAAUUAAAUUUUCAAAUAAUGCUAAUUCUAAGACUACACUUGGUAAUUAUACUUUGUAUAAAACAAUUAAAGUUGCUAAUGUAAGUUCAUCAGAAACCUUUGUGUAUGAUCCAGUUAGAGUUACUAGAAAUGAUAUUGUAUAUGUUGUUGUUUCUGAUCAACGUAGAGUGAGUGUAUUUGAUUCACAUACUAACUAUGAGCAAGAAGAAGUUCUUUCAGGAAUUCCAUUUUAUGCAGAAGGUGUUACAGAAUAUCUUAAACCAAUGAAAAAUAGACCAUUUGAAAAUAUUAUUUCAUAUGGACAAAUUAUUGUAGUAGGAACACCAGGAUAUGGAACAAGUGAUAAUCCAUAUUGUGGAGGAGGAUAUGUAUUUUUUGAUAAUAUACUUGAUUUUGGGUAUCAUCCUAGAUUUGUAACUAUUCUUCGUAUUAAUGGAAGUAGUUCAUAUACUUAUUUUGGAUAUGUUACAAGUACAUCAGGUAAUUCAGCAUGGUUAGGAGGAGUUACUACAGUUCCAAGUAAUUAUGAUUACCCAGAAUUACAAUUUUCAAUUCGUAAUUAUGAUAGAGAGUAUUGUGUAAAUUCUAUUUGUCAAUGUCAUUCUAAUUUAACUUUUGCUGAUGGAAAAUGUCAACCAAAUAAUAAAAUAAAAGCCAGUAAAACAUUAGUUAUAAUAUUAUCUAUAUUAUCUAUUUUAAUAUUUCUUGGUAUUAUUGUUGCAUUGAUUCUAAUCUUUCUUGUUUAUAAGAAGAAUAAAAAACGUUCUCCAAAAACUAAGUUCAGAAUUGGAAAUUUUGCUUAUGAAUUUACUCCAAUAGAUAAUUUCCCAUUAUCUUUAUCUUGUUCUACUUUAACAUUUGGAAGGUCUGGAACUGAACCGGUUCCUGUAGAUGAAGAAUUAACAGAAGAAAUUUAUAUUGCAAAUAAUACAAAGAAAACAUAUCGAUUUAAUUUUAAUCCACAAGACAUUCAAACACAUCAUUUCGAAAUUUCAUUCUCUCCAAAGGUAGGAAAACUUCAACCAGGAUAUGGUGAAACUAUUCAAGUCAAAUUUAAAUUUUUAUGUACUUGUUUUGUGAAUGAAAUUGUUGAUGUUCUUGCAAGUAAAGGUGAUGAAGAAUCUAUUGAAGAAGAUCAUGCAGCAAUUAAAAUAGGAAUAGAAUCAGCAAAAAGUAUUAAAUUGGAUUAUGAAGAAUUUGAAAAAACUAAAGUCAUUGGAGAAGGUUCAUUUGGUAUUGUCUUUCUUGGUAAAUACAGAGGAGUUGAUGUUGCUAUUAAACAAACAAAGAAUUUUUCAUGGCCUGAAGAUGUUGUUGAAGCCUUUAGAAAAGAAGUUCAAAUGAUGGAUAAAAUGAGAUGUCCAUAUAUUAUUAAUUUUAUUGGAGCAGUAGAUACACCUGGUUAUUAUUCUAUUGUUACAGAAUAUGCUAAAUUUGGUAGUUUAAAGAAUGUUUAUGAAAAUGAAAAGUUUACUCAACUUCUUGGUUUAAAGAUGUUAACAGAUGUUGCUAAAGGAAUGACAUUCUUACAUGCUGCAAUGAUUAUUCAUAGAGAUUUAAAACCAGAAAAUGUUUUAGUAGUUUCUAUGGUAAAAAAAGAAAAGAUUAAUGCAAAACUAUCUGACUUUGGAACAAGUCGAGAUGUUUCUUCAUCUAAUGUUGUUGCCUCAAUGACACAAGGUAUUGGAACACCAUUAUAUAUGGCACCAGAAUUAUUAUUAAAUCAAGGAUACGGUCAAGCUGUUGAUGUUUUUUCUUAUGCUAUUGUAUGUUAUGAAGUCUUGUCUAGAAAAGUACCUUAUUCUGAUGAAAACUUUGCACAUUCAUGGGAUGUUUCUGAUUUUGUUACUAAAGGAAACAGAUUAAAUAUUCCAGAUUCUUUCCCACCUGAAAUGGCUAAAUUAAUAAGUGAUUGUUGGGCUGAAGAUCCUAAUUUAAGACCAAAAUUCGCUGAAAUUGAAGAAAGAGUCGAGGCAGUAUGGAAGAAAAUGUAUCAACAACAUUGUGAAGAGAAACAAGCAAGAAAAGAAAAAGAAGCAUUACUUGCACCUCCAAAACCACAAAGAAUUGAGAAUUUCGUUUUAGAUGAGCCAAGUGAAGAUAACAGUAAAAAUGAAAAUGAAGAGACUCAACCUUUAGUUCCUUCUGAAGAAGUUAAAGAAAGUACUGAAGUUAUUAAUUCAACAUCUUUAGUUAAUGUAGACGAUUCACAACAAGACACACAAACAAAUGCUACUCAAGAUGAAGUUCUUUGUGCUAUUGUCGAUGAUGUUUUCUAA